AUGAAAAGAAACUCAAGGAACCGGAAUACCUCAGAAUCAGACUCAAACCCAGCCCCUUCGCCUCAAAAAAGAAUGAAACAAGACGAAAGCACCGUCAGCUCAACUGACACUUGGAGAGAAAUCAGUAAUUCCUAUUCAGGCGGGCUAAUGACAAUAAACAUUUCUAGUUCCCCAUCAGACAAAGUCUUACUCCCCCCCUCGAAGUUCGACCAAGAUAUAGGGAAAAAUUCCUAUUUUUUUGGAAAAUUAACCCCCCUCAAAGUUCGAUCAAGACCUAUAUAAAUUUAAGCAAUUUUUCAAAAAUUUUUAAAAUAUGUGGGGUGAGCUUGCGAUUUUUGUAUUCAGGUUCUAAAAAAGCGUUACAAAACCAUCUUGCACUAUUUUUUCUAACCCUUACACCCUCUCAACCAUACAAAAGAAUAUGAUAAAUAUUUUUUUUUUUUAACUACUAAAUUAUAUAAACAAAAUUCUAUAUAAUUUUUUUUAAAAAAAUUUUUCUUAACCCCCCUCGAAGUUCGACCAAAAAAAUCUUGGUCGAACUUCGAGGGGGGGGAGCUAGGUUUCGACAUGGACAGCACCCUAAUCUGCACAAAAUCAGGCAAAACCUUCGCAGUCAACGAAAAUGACUGGAGACUCUUAUAUGACCAAAUCCCAGAAACCCUGAAAAAGUAUAGUAGUGACGGCUACCGCAUUGUGAUCUUCACAAAUCAAGGAGGCGUCAAAGCUGGAAAGCAAGACAAAAGCGCUCUUCAGAGAAAAAUAGAAGCUGUGGUCUCUGCUCUUGAGGUCCCAACUUUAGUCCUUGCCGCAAUAGACGACGAUGAGUUUAGAAAACCAUGCCCAGGCAUGUGGGAUUACUUUGUUAAAAACUUAAAUGGAGGGGUUGCUCCAGAUAUGGAGCAGUCUUUCUAUAUUGGAGAUGCAGCAGGAAGACCUGCGAGUGGAGGCAGGAAAAAAGAUUUCAAUGACACUGACUUAAAAUUUGCGCUAAACAUUGGGGUUACCUUCCAGACUCCUGAACAGUUCUUUUUAGGAGCACAUGAAAAUAUCCCAGAAGUCGAAAUAAACCCAAAACUUAUCAAAAAAGGUAAAAUUAAUAUAGAGGGGCCUGUGUUGAAAGGAGAGACUGAUAAUUCAACAUUAAUGAAAGACCAUCAGGAAGCAAUUAUUUUUGUAGGGUCUCCUGGGUCUGGAAAAUCGACUUUUUGGAAAAAUAAUUUAUCGAGGUAUGUGAGGGUUAAUAAUGAUACACUUAAAACCAAGGAAAAAUGCAUGAAGACUAUGAGGGAUGCCCUUAAUGCAGGAAAAUCAUGUGUAAUUGAUAAUACAAAUCCUACUGCUGAAGUCAGGGCAAAUUACAUAAAUAUUGCAAAAGAAUUCAAUGUCCCUGUCAGGUGCUUUUUAUUUUCUAUGCCAAAAGAGAUGGCUUUCCAUUUAGAUACUUUGAGACUUGUUAAUAAGCAUAGAAAUCAUUUGUCUGGAAGGGUUGGGAGUAUGCCAAUCCAUAAGUUUUAUAAAGACUUCCAAAGGCCUGAGCUGAGGGAAGGGUUUGAAGAAAUUAAAGAAGUUGAGCUUGUAGGAGGGCCAUUUGAUAAUGAAGAAGAUGAAAAACUAUUUUUCAGUUUUGUUCAUUCUUAG